CUUUGCAGCUCCAGGCCACCCUGUAGCCUUCACUAAUAAUCUUUCUCACUAUCAUUGAGUUUCUAUAUAUAUAUGUAUGCACUUUUUUAGCUAAGGCAUUCAUUUGCAUCUCAUUUGUCAAACUUUUUGUACGUAAGAGUAGUAGAGUAUAUACUACUCUAUUAUUAGAGAGAAAAAGUGUGUACAAUUACUCCAUCAACAUGAGCAGCAGAAUAGCCCUUGGAACAAGCCGAGAGGCAACACAACCUGAUUGCAUCAAUGCCCUCGUCGUUGAAUUCAUUUGCACCUUCCUCUUUGUCUUUGCCGGUGUUGGAUCCGCCAUGGCUGCUGAUAAAGCAGGAGCAAGUACAAUAGUAGGGUUGUUAUUCGUGGGAAUAACACAUGCAUUUGUAGUAGCAGUGAUGAUUGCUGCAGGAUUUAACAUUUCUGGAGGGCACUUGAACCCUGCUGUUACCCUUGGUCUUGCUAUUGGUGGCAACAUCACAAUUAUCAGAUCUCUAUUGUAUUGGAUCAUCCAAUGUCUUGCUUCGGCUCUUGCUUGUUUUUUGCUUACCUAUGUCACUGGUGGACUGGUAACCCCUAUACACUCUCUUCCAAAGGGGGUGGACCCUCUACAAGGAUUGGUAAUGGAAGUGAUCCUAACAUUUUCUCUCCUCUUCACAAUUUACACAACCAUUGUAGACCCAAAGAAGGGCCCACUUCAAAGCCAAGGUAUAUUGCUAACUGGGCUUGUGGUUGGGGCCAACAUCUUUGCUGGUGGGCUUUUCUCUGGGGCAUCAAUGAACCCAGCUAGGUCAUUUGGGCCGGCUCUUGUAAGCUGGAACUGGACUGAUCACUGGGUUUAUUGGGUUGGCCCACUCAUUGGUGGAGCUCUUGGUGGGCUCAUUUGUGACAACUUUUUCAUUGUUAGAUCUCAUGUUCCUCUUACAAGAGAUGAUGAAGCUUUCUAAUGUCAUUAUUGUGCAAAUUAAAAUGUAAUUUGUUGCACUUGAGCAUUUGCGAAAAGAGCAAGCUUCUUGAUGUAACUUUGCAAUUAAGUGGAUGAUUUAAUGGAAUAUUGGCCUAUAAAAAACAACAUAAGUCUUUUUUGAA